AUGAAUUCUACCUUCUGGGGGGCAGGAAGUGGUCACACAGCAGAUUUACUCUGUGGAAGGUCGGCUGACUACACUUUUGUGCAUGGGUAUUUUCCAAUGCUUGUGUGUUUCAUUACUGUUUUGGGAGGAUUCCUGAGGUCCUUUAUAAAGAAUUCUGAAGUCAUUGUCUUAGCAGUUCUCUCUCUAACAGGAUUUGUGAUAGGACACCUGGCCUACAGUUUUAUUCAGAUGCACCAAGUUGUCUAUACUCUUCUAAGAACUCCAAGUUUUUCACUUUAUUGUUAUGUUUCACCUUUAAUUAUAUUUAUGGCUGCCUUGGACGUGGACUUUUAUAUCCUCAAGAAUGUGCUUUGGCAGGUCUUAUUAACUGGAUUUAUUAGCUUCUCUACGGCAUUCAUCAUAGUUGGAUAUGUGGUUAUAAAAUUCAAUAAGGCUUCGUGGGAUCUGCAAUGCUGCCUGCUCUUCAGCAUGACCCUUGGCAUCAUAGACCCUAUUCACUCUGUGAAUACACUAAAAACGAUCGGCAUUUCCAAAAUGUAUACUGAUAUCAUCCGAGGAGAAUCCAUGAUCAUCUGUGGUGUCACAAGCAUUUUUUUUGGAAUUCUUCGGAACAACUUAGUUAACAUGUUCGUGUUUAGGGAGCUCCAUGUACUCCUGGACUUUAUCUUCCACAUUUUCGGGAGCAUACUAGUUGGUUAUUGGAGUGCGAGAAUCAUUCAGUUCAUUCUGACCGACCUAUUUAGCAACACGCUGACUAGCAUCAUUCUUUGUGUUUCAAUGGUGUACAUGACUUUCUACAUUGUGGAAUUUUUAAAAUUGUCAGGGAUGGUCGCUUUAAUCACUGUAGGACUGAAUUUAGAUUCCUUAAGCUUUAAACCGAGGAUGGAGAUAAUAAUAACUAAGUUCUUAAUAAUGUUUACAUCUGUGUUCCAACAAUUAAUAUACACUUUCUUUGGCAUUGUAAUUGGAUGUGGAGAAAACAACUAUUUUAAGUUUAACACACUAAAUUUCACGUUGGUCUUAUUUAUCACAAUGAACUUUGUAAGAUUGCUUACUAUUGUGUUGGUGAGCCCUAUUCUGAUGCGUUCGAGUUAUGAAUAUAAUUGGAGAUGGGGAGUUGUGAUAGCAUGGUCUGGUAUCAAAGGUGUUUUUAACUUGCUCUUGGCUCCUGAUAUUUAUAAUCUGUCUGAUAAAAAAGUGGAGUCGCCAGAAAUGAUUAUAUUUUAUGUACAAGUACUAUCAUUAAUGACGAUGGGAAUAAAUUCAUACAUGAUGAUUCAUUUAGCCAGGACAUUAGGUUUGUGUGUAAUCUCUCUUCCAAGACAGAUGGCCAUGCAAAAUGCCAUUGACCACAUCCAGGAGAUAAUACAGAACACAAUAACUUUAUUUAAAACAGAGAAAAUUUUGACAAAUGUUAAUUGGUCCUUAGUAGAAGAAAAAUCGAAGAUUAAAUACAGAAUUUCUUUUCAACACAUUUCGACUGGCGAAAAAGAGCAAGAGUCCCCAACUGAUGAAGUUUUAAUAGAAGAAGCCAGAUUGCAUGUAGCCAUCAUACAAAUGAGUAGCUUUGAAAAACAGUGUCAAGAUGGAAUCCUUGAUACAGAGGCAGCCCGAAUAUUAAUUGGUGCAACCAAAAGCUAUUGUCCCAUCCAAGGAAAAUUCAUGAGUAUUUAUGAUGUUUCAACUUAUGUAAAAGCUAGAAGUUGGCUUAUAAAGUUUAAAAAAAUUUUAGCUCUCUUGGAAUAUCAUAAAGAUACGGGAUAUUUUAUCCCAUAUGGGAAUAAUAAAUUUCUGAUAUUUAUAUAUCACAUUGUAUUUUCAGAAGAAUUUGACUAUGCAGGACAUAUUGUAUCAUUAAUGUACAUUUAUCCUCUGAUAAUUCAUCUAACUUCAGUGCCAAGAAAGUUAAAUGAGACGUCUCUGAUAUUAGUAAACUACUAUUUUAUACUUUUAUAUGUAUUACAGUCAGUAUUAAAGAUAAUAAUUUUGAAAAGGAAAUAUUUUCAUCAACAUUGGAAUACUCUGGAAUUUUGUAUCCUGAUUAUUGGAAUUACUGAUAGCUUUUGUGUAUACUUUGUCAAAUUGAGACCGGAAAACUUGGUUCUUAUUCAGUUUACAAUAAUAUUAGGGUAUAUAAGAAUAAUUAGAUUUAUUCCUCUGAUCAAGUUAUUAAUCCCAACGCUGAUCAACAUUGUGGAUGUGCAGAUCAAGAGGCGCCUCAGCUUGAUGUAUAGUAUCACCAAAGGCUAUGUCAAAAGCCAAGAGGAUGCCAAAUUUUUGAUAAAACAGAUUUCUAGCAGAGAAUCAAUAUAUCAGAAAUUGUAUGAAAUUUUAGAAACCAACAAACGAGAUGCUAUCAAAGAACUAGGACUCAUAGAGCACGAGGGUCGUGAUGUGGUCAUUGCUUUGAAGACCAGGCAGGCAAUCCAGACCGUGAUCGCCAAGUCUCUGAAACACCUCGCCUUCCUUUGCUCCAGAGGCAUUAUCGAUAAGCACGAGGGCAUCGAGAUGAAUAAGGUACUUCUUUCAAAAAUAAAAGCACUGAAUAACUUUCCAAUGUCAAUCCCGCCCCCUACUCCUGACAAAUAUCUUCAUAAUAUUGUUUGGCUGGAAAAUAAAGAUGUUCUCAUUGAGUUCUUCAAGGAACGAGCCAAACUUGCCUAUUUUGACUAUGGAGAUGUUAUUUGUAAAGAAGGUGAAAUGCCACAAGGAAUCUACCUGAUUAUUUCAGGAAUGGCAAUUCUGCAUAGUUCACCUCCUACCUUUGGAGUCGACAGUGUCCAUAGGAUGACUAGACAGUCCCAAACCCUAUUUACAGAGUACUGCACUUGUGGGGACAUAAUUGGAGAGUUGAGCUGUCUGCUUAAGCGUGAAAUUGAAUAUACUGCCAUCUGUGAAACUAUUUUACAGGCCUGCUUCAUCUCCCUGGAGGAUUUAUAUGAGGGCUUUGAUGUCUUCUGGCCGUCCCUGGAAUACAAAAUAUGGCUAAAGCUUGCUCUCGGCACCGCCUAUCAGUAUUUUGAAUCAGCUCUUGUUGAUGAGGACAUAACAUUCCAGAGGUGUGUGGCACUCAAUGUGGCAUACGUGGAGACUUUAUCAAGCUGUAACGAGAUGACUAUUGACUGGGCGACCAUGAAGUUGGUGAUUGUCGUCUAUGGCAGUGUGAUGGAUACAAAGACAGAGGCACCAUUCCUUGCACCUUGCAUCUUAUCUAAAACCUGUGAGCAGGUUCAGGGAACUUCAGAUUUAAGCAAGCUACUGAUUAUCCAAGCAACUGAGCCUGUCAAAGUUUCCAGUGAUUCCAAGAUCACAGGCAAGGGGUCUCCCUUUAGUGGUAGGAAAAGCAUUGGGAAGGAAUUUUGAUAAAUGUAAAUGAGUUGAGGGUAUUGUGUGGGUUUAUCAUCAACCCCCAUUCUUGGGCCCACCGACAGCCACAUUGCUUCUGGGAGGGCACAUAUCAGACUUCUAGACGCUGAAAUCAGGUGGCUCCUCUGCUCUAUGACCUUCCCUUCAAACCCUUGCUAGGUGCGGGGAGCAGCUUUUAUGUUUCACUCUCUGCCCUGGGAAGCUGGAACCACACAGCACCAUUGGGGAAGAGUGGGCAUGGGGAAGGUUUCAGUGGGCCCUGGUGUGGGGAGCUGGUUUGCUCCCAACAACCUAAGGGAAUUUGGGACCUUAUCCAUCUCCAUUGAGAAUUCCAAACCAUGGUCACUGCCACAACUCAGAUAACUUGCUUUGAGGUGUACUUUGAUAGUCACUAAGUAACAACAGUCACUGAAUGGGUAUUAGUACCCAAUUUUAUGUAUCCCGGUACUAAGCAGUAAACAAAGACUAGAUAGGAAGGCCUUGCUCUAGAGAAAAUACAUUCAAGAUA